CCUUAGUUAGUUCACCAUCUUCCCCGACAUCCACCCUUCCCUCCUCUUGGCUAUCUUCUUCUGUUUCUGAUACAAACCAGCGCCCUGUUAUUCUGCCAGCCCUACCAGCCCCACCGUCCUCCAACUCCCACUCUUCCACCCUUCCUUCAACCCCCAUGACUAGUAGCUCGUUCCCAAAUUCCCUUAGCAGUACUCCUUCAACCAAAUCACCACCGCACACUCCUAGUUCCCCACCCUUCUUGCAGACUACUCCAUCUCUUCACCCUGUGACCUCACUGCCAGCCCGCAAUCUUCCUCAGCUGGCACUUCCCCAUCAUCUAAAACCAAUGACCACGAUCCCCUUCUAUCCCACACCUCGGCUUCUGCCAUCCAGCCCUCGCAUCUCCCGGAAAAUGUUCAUCCGAUGCGUACACGUGCAAAGGAUGGCAUUUUCAAACCCAAACACAUUUUUACAUUAAGUGCUUUCUCUCCCCCGGAUGAUCCUACUUGUUUUACACAGGCAAAUAAGAGUUUAGUUUGGCGGGCUGCCAUGGCGGAUGAAUUUAAUGCUUUGAUUAAUAAUAAGACUUGGGAUUUGGUAUCUUGGGACCCUACUAAAAAUGUGGUUGCUUGUAAGUGGAUUUAUAAGACAAAAUAUUGUUCUGAUGGGUCAAUUGAGUGGCACAAAGCCCGUUUAGUUGCUCAAGGUUUUAAACAACAGGCUGGGGUUGAUUUUACUGAAACUUUUAGUCCUGUUGUUAAGCCUACCAGUGUUCGUCUUGUUUUAUCAGUUGCCAUUUAUUUGGGUUGGUCUGUUCGUCAGUUAGAUGUGAAAAAUGCUUUCUUGCAUGGAGUCUUAACUGAGGAAGUUUACAUGCGACAACCUCAGGGCUUUAUUCAUCCUUCCUAUCCUACUCAUGUGUGUCGCCUUUGUAAGGCUUUGUAUGGGUUGAAACAGGCACCUCGUGCUUGGUUUCAUUGUUUCAGUGGGUUUCUUUUACGCUGUGGUUUUUCACAGAGCAGGUCUGAUUCAUCCAUGUUCAUUUAUCGUACUGAUUCUCAAGUUGUUUAUAUAUUGUUAUAUGUGGAUGACAUCCUUAUUACAGGCUCUUCUGCCUCGUUUGUUUCCUCUGUCAUUAAAACCUUAUCUCAUCAGUUUGCCAUGAAGGAUUUGGGGGAUAUCCAUUAUUUUUUGGGUGUUCAGGCAAAACGGACACCUCAAGGUCUAUUCUUGUCACAGGAAAAAUAUAUAUCUGAUCUUUUACGUCGUUUUCAUCUCCAUACUGUCAAACCUGUUCGUACACCCCUGCCUUUACGCAUUACACUUUCUCUCACAGAUGGGGAACUGUUAUCUGAUGUUACUCAAUAUCGCAGUAUGGUGGGUGCUCUUCAGUAUCUAACUCUUACUAGACCUGACAUUACUUAUGUUGUACACCUUGUGUCUCAGUUUAUGCAUGCUCCACGCACUACUCACCUUUUGGCAGUUAAACGAAUAUACAGGUAUCUUCAGGGAACCAGCACACAUGGCUUAUGGUUACGUGCAGACAAAACCAUCUCCGUUGUUACAGCUUACUCUGACGCAGACUGGGCAGGAUGCCCUGACAGCUCACGCUCGACCACUGGGUAAGCAGUUUUUCUGGGGUCAAAUUUAAUCUCAUGGCGGUCCAAGAAACAACCAACCGUGUCCAAGUCUUCUACAGAAGCAGAGUACAGGGCUAUCACAUACACUGUCCAGGACACACUUUUUAGUCGGUCACUAUUAGCAGAUAUGGGCAUAUUUACUUCGGCACCAGUGCAGCUUCUUUGUGAUAAUGUUUCAGCUUCAUACUUGGCCGUUAAUCUCAUCCAGCAUGAUCGGAGUAAGCAUAUUAAAAUUGACUAUCCUUUUGUUCGUGAGCGAGUAGCGAAUGGAGAUCUUGUGGUGAAGCAUAUUCCUACACAGUUACAGUUGGGUGAUAUCUUCACCAAGAACUUGUCUAGUCAGCGUUUUGAAUUUUUACGUUCCAAUUUGCACGUGUUUUCCCCUGCACAAAUUGAGGGGGUGUAAUAAUGUAAUAUUUAGG